UGUAUGAGAGUAUACUUGAGUAUUUUCGUAUCAAGUAAAAACUAGAAAUGGCGCAAUUGUAUGGUAGUAAUGAGGGGAUUAAUGUGGGUAAAAAAAAAUCACGGGCGAAUUCUACGAAAAGAUUUUUUUUCGCAGUUGAAUUACGCAUGUUAGUUGUGACCAGCUCGCUGGGACUUGUUUUUCCGCUUCUGACGAAUACUGAUUUGCAUUCGCUUGAGCAGAACACGGUGAACGUGACUCUCUAUCGUUCACAAUGUUCCCUGGUACAAAGCUGCGCUCUUCGAUUUAAGCUUUUAUUGUACCCUCGUGGAUGUACUGUACGUGCCACGGCGGCGAUUCCUCAUGGCGGUUCCAGCACGUAAAUAAUAUCUGAAAGAUAGUAUGAAACUCCAGUGUGAAGUGGAAGUAGUCAAUCGGAUGCUCCCGACCUUCGGUAUGAAGAACAGAGGGAAAGGCAACCGAGCUGUCCUGUCAAUAGGAAAGCACCAGGAUCGGGCCAUCAAAAACAACUCGGCAACCAUUCACCUCUUGAUUUGUACGUUAAAAGAUAAAUCGGGUUGUAAAUAUAAGCUGAAAGAAAAUAUCGAACAGUUUUUCACUAAAUUCGUGGACGAAGGAAAAGCUACCAUCAGACUCAAAGAGCCAGCAGUGGACGUCUGUCUAAAUAAGGCAGAUGUGAAUAACUUGAAGAACUUCCUUUCAGCUUUAAGGCUGGCUCACCGAGGUAGUGAAAUAGACACUAUACCAUUGUCCAACCUGGCUCCAGCUAAAACCUCUGAGGUUGAAAAACCAAAAGCCAAAAUGGUAAUAACAUCAAGAAAGGAUUAUCCUAUCACCACAAAUUUCCCUUACUCUCUAGAAUUUCUACAGGUUUCCUUCUGCAAACUGGCACGUGUGGAUAUGCGCAUGCUUUGCCUUCGAAGAUUACGGAAGCUGGAUCUUAGUAAUAACCACAUACGCAAACUUCCAGCUACCAUUGGGGACCUUGCUUGCCUAUCGGUGCUUGUUUUGCACAAUAACUACUUGGAAACAUUCAGCGUUGGAUUAUGCAACUCCACAUUACAGAAAUCACUGCAGUUUUUGGACUUGAGCCACAACCGAUUACGUGCUCUCCCUCUUCAGUUCUGUCAACUGCAAGAACUCGUUCAUCUAAAGCUUGAUGAUAAUGAGCUACUCCAGCUUCCUUACAGGAUUGGUCAGCUAACUAAACUGCGCUUUCUUACAGCAGCACGCAACAAGUUGCCUUAUCUUCCAUGUGAUUUCCAGUUGCUGUGCCUUGAGAAUGUGGAUCUAUUUGGAAAUCUCUUUGACCACCCCAACCCUCUGAUUCCGACGAUUCAUUUGCAGAUUCCAAUGACCCUAUUAGAGGCUGCAGCAAGAGCAACAAUAACUUACAGAAUUGCUUAUGGACCACAUAUCCUUCCAGCUCACCUGUGUCAAGAUCUGGAUUUGAUUAAAACAUGCCUUUGCAGAAGACCUUGCCUGAACUCUUUCAUUCAAGUUGUUGUAAAUCUGAAUUUGCAUCAAGUGUCCCAUACAGUGGUCCUGGUGGACAACAUGGGUGGCACUGAGGCCCCAAUUCUUUACUAUUUCUGUUCUUUAACUUGUUACUCAGAAUUCCUUGAUAAGUAUCAACAACGCAACAGAUAAUCAUUACGAAAUAUUCAAGCUAAAUGGUAAGCUGUGGAAUAUUUUGCUGAUGUAACAAUUUUAAGCAAUGCAUAAAUACUUCUAUGUACACGUUAGCUGUUUUUCCAAAAUAUCCAGCUUUGAUGCAAACUCCCUUGGUGAGUGAAGCUGAACAAAAUGUACAUUCUAAGACCACCACUGCAAGUUUUUGGACUACAAAUCACCAAUCCGUAUUUUUGGGACAAAGCCUUUAACUUGAAAAGGCUUACAUUUUAAGUCUUGGGUUAAAAUAAUCUUUAGCAGUUUGGCUACUAUAUUUUGUACUCUUUGGAACAUUUUUGAUAGGAAAACUUGCAUUAGUUAAUAAAGUAAUUUAAGUGGACCUUGAGACUCUAGAUUAAGUCGUAGAUAAUAAAACUUUAUAAAAAGCAACACAGCAGUAUUCUGUGUAUAUAGACCACUGGCUGUCUCUUCCUAUAGCAAUUCUUAAACCUGAAAUAUAUGCAUAUCUUUUUACUGAGAAAAAUGUUAUGUUUAAUGAAUUUCUUCCAUUGUAUGUGGCAUUUUCAUUUAUAUUUAAUAAAAAAAGUUAUUGUGUUCACU